AUGGUAGAUGGUAUCAAAGAGUCAGAGGCUAUGUGUCGCAACUUCAUCCGAGUCAUCGACUCGGAGAAGCUGCACACGGGGUUGGCAGAGCACAAAAGCCAAUUUCGUGGCGUACGGAAAGACACCAAACAGAUAUACACCGCGCUGCUGAAACAAAACUUGGAACAGAAGGAAUUGAAGCAGCAAGAAAAGUGGGACAAAUUUCUGGCAGCUUUGUUCACCUCCCACUACGAAGAUCACAAGGACCGAAAUCAGGAGCGAAUUGACGGCACUUGUGAAUGGUCCACGGCUCAUCCGCUGUUCACCGGGUGGAAAGAGAGCGAGACCUCCAGUCUGCUAUGGAUAUCAGCGGAUCCAGGCUGCGGAAAAUCAGUCCUAGCCAAGUACCUUAUUGACCAUGUGGUACCAACCACGAAUGACCGAACGACCUGCUACUUCUUCUUCAAGGCGGACUCCAGCGAGCAGCAAAGCGCCAAUAAUGCUCUCUGUGCUAUUAUUCGCCAAUUAUUUCUUCAAAGACCCGCCCUUCGUGAAGUGCACCAGUGGGCCUCCGAGAGGUAUGCGAUCGAUGGCAGCCAACUUAUUAAUUCAUUCUCUUCCCUGUGGGAUAUCCUAAUCAAAAUCACUUCCACCGAAAGCAAGCAAGUUGUCUGUAUCCUGGACGCAUUGGAUGAAUGUGCAGGGGAAGAUCGCCCUCAGCUGACCCAGGCGCUUGACAAAUUGUACCGCAGUGAACGCCGCAAAGGAACCUUGAAAUUCCUAAUUACUAGCCGACCUUACGCCUAUGUGCAACGUGAGUUUCAAUUACUGAAAAAUUCUCUCCCCACGAUCCACCUCAGUGGCGAGGAUGAUACGGAAGCGAACAAGAUCGAGCGGGAGAUUAAUUUAGUUGUUCAGAAGAGGGUCGAAGCGAUAGGUGGAAAAUUGCAAUUGGAGUCGCACGAACAGUCUUUUCUCCAGGAUCAGCUUUUGCUAAUUCCGAACCGAACAUAUCUUUGGGUGACACUGAUAUUCGACAUGAUCGAGAACAGUCUCAGCUACACUAAUGGCAAAGUACGUCAAAUUAUCGAGACGCUGCCACGAACAGUUGAUGAUGCCUACGAACGAAUCUUGAACCAAAGCCCCGACCAAGCAAAGGCUCGAAGGCUUCUUCAUGUCGUGGUCGGUGCCACCAGACCUCUGACGGUAAAAGAGAUGCGGAUUGCACUCGCCGUAGAUCUUCGCCUCCAGAAGCACGGCGAAUUAGAUUUGGAGCCCGAGGGUCGGUUUGCCACGACGGUGAGAAAUCUCUGUGGCUUAUUUGUGACUAUCAUCGACUCCAAAAUCUAUCUCCUUCAUCAGACAGCGAAAGAGUUCUUAGUCCCUCGAAUUCAGCCGUCCGCAUUACCCGACACUAGUAGUGCAACAUCUGCUACGAAAUUCGCUGGUAAAGAGGGCCACCGUAUGGAGACAGGAGACCAUUGGAGGCAUUCGUUACUCUCUAUCGAGUCAAACCGGAUUCUCCUGGAGAUCUGCUUGUCGUAUCUGCUGCUUGAUACAUUUGAGCAUGAUGCAGAAAGGGACAAAACUGAGGGACCCAAUCAGCAUAAGAAGUCUAUCAACGACAGAGGCGAAUAUGAUUUGUUAGAGUACACGGCAGAAAACUGGACUAUCCACUUCCGCAACACCAUGGUCCCGAAGGAAGCAUCACUCUUGCCGCUGGCUCGGAAAUUAUGCGAUCCACAAUCACCGCGGCUCAAAGUGUGGCUCAGACGUCUUACUUCGGCCUUGAAGCAAUCGGAGAGCUGCUUCUCCAAGCUGGGGUCCCCGAUCUUGAUGAGCGAGAACCAGAAUCAGAACGCACAGCAUUGUCAAUGGCAGCAGGAGGGGGAAGCGACCGAUUGGUCAAUUUGCUACUAG